UUCGCGCAGCGUUCCAAAGUUAAAAACAGAUUCUGUUUACGUUCAUGAGCAAGUUCUUAAAGGUGCAUGCGAUAAUUAUAUAUUUUGUUCUUAUAUUUUCCUUUUAAAAACAUUUUGUGCACAAACUGUCUAUUUUUGUUUAUUAGCAAGAAGAUAAACUAUAUUACUUUUUAAUCAGAAGCGGAUAUAUUUCUUUAUUAUUUGCUGAAGUCUUGAAUACGGAGGAGAGCGGUGGAAAAAGCAAGAAUUAAUCACGGUCUCGAGUUGCAGCCUGCAGACGAGAGAAAUGGCGACUGAAGUGGAAGCAUGGACAACCGCUCUGGAACAGGAUGGGGUGUACGGGGAUGCGGAGAAGUUGUACGACGACGACGACGUCCUGAACGAGGCGGAGGUGAACGGGAACUGGACGCCGCAGGAGAAGGCGCUCCACGAGGCGCGUCUGAAGGCCAAGGCCAAGCGGCGCCUCCGCCGGACGUCCUCCCGCGACUCCGCCCGCGAGUCGCUGUCCGAGGCCGGCGGGGAGCCGGGGGCCGACCCCACCAGCCCCCGGGGCAAGGUCACCGCCAACGCCAACGACCGCAAGUCCAGGAUGGGGAAGGGCCGAGGCCUGCCCAAGAAGGGCGGAGCCGGUGGUAAGGGGGUGUGGGGAGCAGCAGGGAUGGUCUAUGAGAUGGAGGAGCCAGAUGCCAAAGACCCCAACUAUGACGAGUCUGCACAGGGAGAGACAGUGUACGCCACGGUGGUGCCGGAGCUCGACGAGCGCGAGUUGGAGAAGACGGUGAACCCCAUCGUGCAGGAGUACUUUGAGCACGGAGACACAAAGGAGGUUCAGAUGCUGCUAGAGGGGCUGAAUCUGGGGCACAGGAAGUUUAAUGUGUCGUCGCUGGCGGUGUCGCUGUCCCUGGAGGGCAAAGCCAGCCACCGGGAGCUGACCUCACGGCUGCUGUCCGACAUGGUGGGCAAGGUCCUGACCGAGACGGAGAUGGCGCGGGCCUUCGACAAGAUGCUCAAGGACCUGCCGGAUCUCAUCCUGGACACACCUGAGGCCCCACAGAUGCUGGGGCAGUUUAUCGCGAGGGCCAUCGCGGACCACGUCCUUCCGAUGGGGUUCCUGGACCGCUACAAAGGCAAGGUGGACUGCGAUCACGCCAGGGCUGCGUUGGACCGUGCCGCGGUCCUGCUCUCCAUGAAGAAGGAGAUGGUGCGAUUGGACAACGUGUGGGGUGUGGGCGGCGGCCAGAGGCCUGUCAAACACCUCGUCAAAGAGAUGAACCUGCUGCUGAAGGAGUACCUGGUGUCCGGUGAUGUGACGGAGGCGGAGCACUGUCUGCGGGACCUGGAGGUUCCUCACUUCCACCACGAGCUGGUCUACGAGGCGGUGAUCAUGGUUCUGGAGUCCAAAGGGGAGACCGCUGUCCGCAUGAUGACGAAGCUUCUCAAGGCAUUCUGGGAAACGGGACUCAUCACACUGGACCAGAUGAACAGGGGCUUCCAGCGGGUCUACGACGAGCUCCCCGAGAUCAGCCUGGACGUCCCGCUCGCCAACACCAUCAUGGAGUCCUUCCUGGAGCUCUGCUACCAGGAGUCGGUCAUCACCAAACUGCUGCGCGACGCCUGUCCCACCAGGGGGCGCAAGCGGUUCGUGAGCGAGGGAGACGGAGGGCGGAUCAAGCACUAGAGAGGAGAAGCAACGCUGGAGUUCCCCGCCUUUCGAUUGGCUAAGCUCCGGGCUGGAAGAGGGAGGACCUCCUCCAGCCCUGCAGACACCCCUGCCCACACGCAACCCUGGUGCUCUCUUUGGGUCAGUGAGGGUGGGGAAGGAAGGGUGGGGAGGAGGGGUGGGCAGGGGCAUCCUGGACAUUAUUAUUACAGUCCUGUUUUGGAAAAAGUGGGGGGGGGGGUUCGGCUUUCAUCAGGGAUGUCUGUACAGAGCAGAGUCGGAGGUGUGGGGGGAGCCAGAUCUAUUGAGAUGUCAGUUAUACUGAUUUGCUGCACCAGUGACUGUCUUAAUGUGUACUUUCUCUGUUGGAGUAUUUUUUUUCCCUUUUUUUUUUCCCAUGUCGCUUUGCAUGUACCUUGGUUACGGAGGACGUAGGGCACUUAUUAAAAAAGAACACGGCAUCAAAAAUAAGGCUAGCAUUUCAAUUCAGCGUUCUCUUCCCUCUGUUGAUCGACAGAUUUCUACCUGGAUUUGAAAAAGAAGCAUUGUUUGGAAAAAGCUUUCAGCGCUAGAUAUUAUCACUGCAAGUAGGUGAUAAACAAGUUUUUACACUCAAACAUUAGGAACUCUCAGCUUGCAUAAAACAACCAGCAGACAAAGGUUAUGUGUUUUCCAGCUGAUCUUCUCCUCACAGUGAUCUACCACCUGAAUGUGAAUGUAGACAUGCGUUUAAUGCCACUUACACAGAGUAUCAUUUACACGGCAGAUUUUCUGCGUUGCUUCUGUGUCAGUUGGCUCGGCUGCAUUAAUGGUACCAUAAUGUUUAAAGGUGUGAGAAUGUCAAAGCUGGAUCUGCUCUUAAAUUGCUUUGUGCAAUUAGACAUCAUACAAGCUACAAUACAAGCCUGUCAUCGCGGUAGUCUACAGGAGCGCUGGAAUCAGGGGAGGGGGUGGCAUUUAGGCGAACUUAAGCAUCUCCAUUAUAAAAGCAAGAUCAGUUCUGCGUGAUUACCUCACACAUCUGGAUGUCUAAUGAGAGAGGCCCGGAUUCUGCUUGGUUCAGGGUUUCCUUUAUCAUUAACAAGAUGUUGGUGUCACAACAGUGGUCUGUCUAAUCGUUGAGGAGAACUGAAGUGUGUAAAAAAAAAAAAAACAUGGCGUGUGUAUGUGUCUACCAGAGGUGGAAAAUUCUGGUUCAGAAAGAAAAAGUCCUCCCCAGUACGUUGUUCCAGUCACCUGGAUUUGCUAAUUGGCACAAUUCUUAAGCCAGGAGGUGAAAUCAGCUGGGUGAAGUUCAUGGGUGGAAGAAACACACGGCAGGACUUUUACAUUUCUGAGCCCUGGACUCUCCUCCUCGGGUCUCUGCCCUAUCAGCCUCAGCAGCGCAGCUGAGGGAUUAGCCUGAGCAUGAGCAGAUGGCUGAGGGCUGGGAGCUGGCCCUCGCUAGGUGUCCGGUUUCAGUGAGGAUCCUGGCUUUGGUUUUCUUUUCCUUCCUUCAGUUUUCGUUUUCGCAAACGCGUGUUGAUCCCGAAUUUUAGUUGCAGCAUCGCUGGCUUCAGUGACUGCUUAUGUUCCCAUAGGCGUGCCCCACUGUCUAAUACCAGAGCUCAAAGUGAAGAAUGUCCUGUUUGCUGCGUAUCAUAAGAAGCAAACCUAACAUACCUUUUAGAAAAUCAGUCACAGAAUUGAUAAAUCUGACAGACGUCUAUGGCCCUGAACACAGGAUUUUACAUUAGUUUUACAGGAGAGAGCAUACUGUUUUACAAUACUGAGAACAAUACCGUUUUACAGUACAGAGAACAUACUGUUUUACAGUAGAGAGCAUACUGUUUUAGAGUACAGGGAGCAUACUGUUCUACAGUAGAGGGAACAUAGUGUUUUACAGUGGAGAACGUACCGUUCUACAGCUUUACCGAGCUUGCAGGGCGGACGAACGGUUCACAUUAUCACUAACAGAGCGCAGGACAUUGUGUCCUUCUGGCUCACAAGCGCUCCAGUGCCAUCAGAUGCAUCCCAGGUAAAUAAGGAAGAGGGCUGUUUCUGCAGUGCUCCUCGUGUUUGGCCUCUCUCUCUCUCUCUCUCUCUCUCUCUCCGACCUGCCGGAGAUGGCAUUCAGAUUGAAGGGCGGUCGCCCACGCGCUGGUCCUUUCAGGCUGAAGCUGGGAGAGAGAGCGAGCGUCUCCCCGUUAAUGCUCACUGCCCUUUAGUAGUACAGCGCGGGUUAUCAUUUCCUCUGGAUAAUGACAUUCCUUUUCCUGUUCACGCUCGUUUUUUGCCUUUGAAGAAUCUGUGCCGGGGUCGCGACCUUGACUCUCUGUCCAAUCAGGUGUGGCCCUGUGGCCUCCGUUCUUCAGAUAAUAUAUCAGACUAAAAGCCACUAAUCUUCCACAUCCAUGUCGCGGUGAACUAUGGGCAAAUUACCAACACCGUUUCACAUCCUCUUCGGCGUAAAAGCUUUUACACAAUCGGUGAUGAGUCAGUAUUUUCGUUGGCAAUCAAUAUUCAAGAGCUCUGUACAAUUACAUGGAUAUGAUAUUAAAGCAAUCAGUCAGUGUAAAUACCUGAUUUAUGCUUUUAAUAAAAUAUUUGGAUUUAUACCAAAUUUUGAAGCCUAUUUUUGCAAGUCUAUCCUCUGUUGGAAAACAAGAAAUGUGAUUUUCAACCAAAAACAAUGUAACUGCUCUUCAAUGGCAGCUUUGUGUUGCUGUGUCAUUUUUUAAUUCCAGAACUGCUUUAUUUUUUUUUUUCCUGAUUAACUGUUAUAAGCAUCAGUAUUGCAGAAACAGUAUCAUUGUAAUUAUUUCAAUAAAAAUUGACAGUUAAACGUG